AUGGACCCCGACGCGCCCCAUCCCGAGCCUCAACCAUCAAUCAUCCGCUGGGUUCUCGGGUUCCUCCUCGUUGGCGCUGCAUGGGGUCUCACGACGCCCUUCAUGCGACGGGCCGCCAUAAACUACACGCCUCCUACGCGUCCCUCAGUCACAGAUCCACGAAACAGCUGGUUAAAGCGGAAAAUACUGGGUGUAUUCUGGGCGGUGGUAGACUUGCUGCGGCGGCCCGCGUAUGCGAUUCCGCUACUGUGCAACGUUACGGGAAGUAUAUGGUUCUUCUUAUUGAUCGGCAAGGCGGAGCUGAGCCUCACGGUACCGAUUACGAAUUCAUUGGCAUUUCUGUUUACAGUCCUGGGGGAGUGGUGGGCAGAGGGAAAGGUUAUAAACAAAGACACUUGGAUAGGCAUGGCCCUCGUGCUUGGGGGCAUCGCGCUUUGCGUGCAAAGUAAGAGCUAG